UUCCUCAUCAACUUCAUCCAAUUUUAUUUUAUUUUUGUAAGGCAAUGCAUCCUCUUUAAAACUCACUGGUUUCUAUGUUGACGCCAUUUUUGGGUGGUAGAGAACUCUCAAACCGCGAAUUAACCGGACAAAUCAACGCUACAGCCUUGACUAGUCUCGUUUUCCUAGAAAAAAUUGAUUUGUCCAACAAUCAACUUUAUGGUAGCAUCCCUGUCACCAUGGGGAACUUGCCUUCACUCAAAGAACUCGGCCUCUCGAGAAACUUCCUCAAAGGCUCCAUACCUUCAUCCUUGGGGAAUUUGUCGUCCCUUGUAUAUCUCGAUCUCUCCAGAAACUUCUUCAGUGGCUCCAUACCUCCAUCUUUGGGGAAUUUGUCAUCCCUCCAAUUUCUCCGUCUCUCGCGAAACUUCCUCAAUGGCUCCAUACCUUCAUUUUUGGGGAAUUUGCCGUUCCUCAAAUAUCUGUAUUUGUGGUGUAAUAUGUUAUCAGGUCAAAUCCCAAAAGAAUUGGGCAACCUCUCUAAUCUCCGAGUGAUGAACUUGGCCUUCAAUGAACUCACUGGUCAGCUUCCACCAGAACUUGGAAGAUUGGGAUCUCUAUAUGCUUUAGAGUUGAGCUCCAACAAUUUGAGUGGAGACUUGCAGGGAAAUUGCUCCCACUUUACUUCGGAUCAAUUGGGGUGGUUUGGCGUAGGUGGGAACCGUUUGACCGGUCAAAUACCAAGGUUCAUUGCGAAUUGGACUCAACUCUAUUACCUGUCCCUCUCCGGGAAUGAUUUUGAAGGAGAGCUGCCUCUUGAACUUCUUUUUAACAUGUCAAAUCUCGAAUACUUGUAUGUUAGUGACGUAAGAAGCUCGGCCGGUUUCCCUUUCCCAAAAUAUGCAAAUAUGACGGGAAUAACUUUCCUGAUGAUAAGGAAUUGCUCAAUAAGUGGUGAAAUCCCCCCGUACAUUGGUGAUUGGUCAUCGUUAACAUACCUGUAAGUUUCAUUUCCUCUU